AUGGCGGGUGUCCGCGAAUUGACAAAGCUUUUAAAAUCGCACUUGUUGCAUUUUCCCAGGAAAUCUCACCCCCUAGGAGGCUCUCGAAGUGCAUUUCAAACAUAUGGUAGAUGUGCUUCAACAUUGACAUUCGUUCCUGAUUCUCCGUCACCUCUUGAUGGAGAAACUCAAAAAAUGAAUUUGUUUCAGUCUUUAACAAAUGCAAUGGAUAUCAUUCUUGAUUCAGAUCCAACUUCGGUUGUAUUUGGAGAGGAUGUAGCAUUUGGUGGAGUUUUUAGAUGUACAGUUGGUCUAAAGGACAAAUAUGGAAAAGACAGAGUCUUCAACACACCACUCAGUGAACAAGGAAUUGUUGGUUUUGGAAUUGGAAUGGCUGCAGCAGGUGCUACAGCUAUUGCUGAGAUUCAGUUUGCUGAUUAUAUUUUCCCUGCAUUUGAUCAGCUGGUGAAUGAAGCUGCAAAGUUUAGGUAUCGGUCAGGAAAUCUUUUCAACUGUGGAAGCUUAACUGUACGAGCACCAUGUGGGGCUGUUGGCCAUGGGGCUCAUUAUCAUUCACAGUCUGUGGAAAGUUUCUUUGCUCAUGUUCCAGGAUUGAAGGUCGUUAUACCAAGGGGGCCAAUUCAAGCAAAAGGACUACUCCUCUCUUCUAUCAGAGACAAGAAUCCAGUUGUAUUUUUUGAACCCAAGAUCUUGUACAGACAAGCAGUUGAAGAAGUUCCUGUGGGAGACUAUGAAAUCCCACUCUCUGAGGCAGAAAUUCUAGAGGAGGGUUCAGAUGUAACAGUAGUGGGGUGGGGCACACAGAUCCAUGUCUUACGAGAUGUCUGUAAAAUGGCAAAAGAUCAGCUAGGAGUGAGUUGUGAACUUAUUGAUCUCAGGACAAUUCUUCCUUGGGAUGAAGACACCGUCUUCAAGUCUGUGAUGAAGACUGGGAGAUUGUUAAUAGCACAUGAAGCUACUCUUACAGGAGGAUUUGGAGCAGAAAUAAGUAGCACUGUACAGGAACAUUGUUUCUUGUCACUUGAGGCCCCCAUCCAGCGAGUGUGUGGCUGGGACACACCCUUCCCUCACAUAUUUGAGCCAUUUUACCUUCCAGACAAGUGGAGAUGUUUUGAGGCCCUCAAAAAAAUCAGUAGCUAUUAGGAAUUUAACUUGCUUUCAUACACUAUGAAAGCUUAAUUAAAUAUAUUUUGUAGCCUCAAAAGUUACCUAAUGGAUCUCUUUAUUGCACUUUUUGGACUUGAAUUUCAAUUUUACUUCAAAAUGAAGUCCACUUUCUUACAGACAGCACAUAUCUUCAUUUACAAGUUAGUCCUGUGGAAGUGAUCAAACAUCUUUUAUUUAGUUAUUCCAAAAAGUUGUAUUUAUAUUUAAUUUAAGAUUUAACUAUUUUAACUUAGGAAAUGGUCAAUUUAUAUUACCAGAAGUAUACAACCUAGCUUAUAUGCUACUGAUGAAAUAGAUAGUUGAUGGUAGUAGCAGAGGUUUCCCAUACAUUUCAGUUAAUAACUCAAAGCUGAAGAAGGCAACCUAGGUGAAAAAGAUCAUAUCUAGAUAAUAAUUUUGGUCUGUGCGUGUGUGCAGGUAUGUUCUCAUCACAAACCACUACUUCCAUUAGGAGCACUUCUGAACAAAGUAUAAUGACUGUGAGGGAGAGAUUUCUGAUUAGAAUAUUAGAAUAAAAGGAUGAAUGGUGCAGGCCUAUCUAUGAUUCAUCACAAUUUGUCCUUUGUAGCUUAAGGGUUCAUCUUCAUCAUCAAAGAAAAUGAUAGGCCAAUAGGGCUACCUUUACUUAAAUUGGUCGCCUUAUUUAAGAUAGAAAAUUCAGAAAUGAGUGUAUACUGUUUUGACAUUAAAGGCCAUUUGGGGUAAA